AUGCAUUCCACCCUAAGUUUCACAACAUAUGAAGCCAUAGAGCAGGUUUUCAACUCCACAUUCAACAAGUUUGUCGUCACCUAUGUCGCAGUAUCACGAGAUGUAAAGUGCCAUUGCUUGCUGUUUGAGUCUAGGGGCAUAUUGUGCCGCCAUUCCCUAAGCGUUCUAAGCUUUGAGCGAGUGGAUAACGUGGCACCGAAAUACAUAUUGGAACGCUGGAUCAAGAACAUAAAGAGGAGGCAUACACACAUCAAGAGCAGCCAAGAUGAACUUGUACUAGAGCCAAGAAGUAAGAGAUUUGACGAAUUGAUGUUUCAGUCACACAAUAUAUAUGAAUUUGCAUCCGAGUCUGAAGAGUUGACCGGAAUUUUGCACCGAGCAUUCGACAAGGUCAUGGCGGAAAUGGAAGAAUAUCAAGAGAGAAGGAAAGGAAAAAGUUUGUUAACCCACGAAGAAGUGACAUUAAGCAAUGUGAAUGAUCUUCAAAGCCCACCACGUAUCAAAACAAGAGGUCGGCCCAAGAACAGACUUGGAUCAAACCUAGAAAAAAAGAUCUCAAAUGCCAUGAAGAAAAAGAAAAAGACAGCUCCAAGCGAGUUGAACUUUUUAGACUCCGGAUCAUCGAUUCAGUCAAGCUCCACUCUUUACAAUACACCAGAUAUGAAUUAUCCAAGACAGGAUUUUACAAUUUUUCGAUUCUUCUAG